UUGCACUCUGGGAAAUGUAGUCCGGUAGCUAUUGCCGGCGGCGCCUGGGUCGCGGCGCUCUUUCGGAGCAUGACGGGAGUUGUAGUUGAGGGGCGUCCCGGGAAUGAUCCGGGUGACGCCUUCUGGUCCGGGGGCGGGCGGUCAGAGCGCUACUUGGCUGAAAGGAGGAGGACUGGCAGCAGGGAGGAGGCUCUUGCGAGGCCUGAAAGGCUGCGCAACAAGACAGGAGUGAGGGUUGGGGUUCGGGGUUGGGGGACAGCCAGGGAUCGGGUCUAAUAUGCUACUGGGGUCGUGACCGCCUGGGGGCUGAGGCAGUCACUGGCCAGACCCAGCCAGGGAUCCUCGUCUUCGUCCGGCCUAAUUUCCAGCAGCCGGCUAGGCCUCACCAGAGGCUCCUUUCCGUGCAGCCGCCCCCAAUUCCUGCCCCUAUUCUCUGGCCGGGAGAUGGCUUCCCCGAGUCCCCCGCCGGAGCCAAAGGGGUUGCUGACAUUUGAGGAUGUGGCUGUGUUUUUUACCCAGGAGGAGUGGGAUUAUCUGGACCCAGCUCAGAGAAGCCUGUAUAAAGAUGUCAUGAUGGAGAAUUAUGGAAACCUGGUCUCUCUGGAUGUUUUGAACAGAGAUAAAGAUGAGGAGCCAACUGUAAAACAAGAAAUUGAAGAAAUUGAGGAAGAAGUGGAACCACAGGGUGUAAUAGUUACAAGAAUCAAAAGUGAAAUUGACCAGGAUCCUAUGGGUAGAGAAACCUUUGAACUUGUUGGUAGGUUAGAUAAACAAAGAGGGAUCUUCUUAUGGGAAAUACCAAGGGAAUCUUUGACCCAGGAACAGAGAAUGUUCAGAGAAAACACUAACAUUAUCCGUAAAAGACCAAACUCAGAAGAGAAAUGCCAUAAAUGUGAAGAAUGUGGAAAGGGUUUUGUCCGCAAGGCCCAUUUCAUUCAACAUCAAAGGGUCCAUACUGGUGAGAAACCUUUUCAGUGCAACGAAUGUGGGAAAAGUUUUAGUCGCAGUUCAUUUGUUAUUGAACAUCAGAGAAUUCACACUGGAGAAAGGCCCUAUGAAUGUAACUACUGUGGAAAAACCUUUAGUGUGAGCUCAACCCUUAUUAGACAUCAGAGAAUCCACACUGGAGAAAGACCCUAUCAGUGUAAUCAGUGUAAACAGAGCUUCAGCCAGAGAAGGAGCCUUGUUAAACAUCAAAGGAUUCAUACAGGUGAGAAACCCCACAAAUGUAGUGACUGUGGGAAAGCCUUCAGUUGGAAAUCACACCUUAUUGAGCAUCAGAGAACUCACACUGGUGAGAAACCUUAUCACUGUACCAAAUGUAAGAAGAGCUUUAGUCGAAAUUCAUUGCUUGUUGAGCAUCAAAGAAUUCACACUGGGGAAAGACCCCAUAAAUGUGGUGAAUGUGGGAAAGCCUUUCGAUUAAGUACAUACCUUAUACAACACCAAAAAAUCCACACUGGGGAGAAGCCUUUUCUUUGUAUUGAGUGUGGAAAAAGCUUCAGUCGGAGCUCAUUCCUUAUUGAACAUCAGAGGAUCCAUACUGGUGAAAGACCUUAUCAGUGCAAAGAGUGUGGGAAAAGUUUCAGUCAACUUUGUAACCUUACUCGUCAUCAGAGAAUUCACACAGGAGACAAGCCCCAUAAAUGUGAGGAAUGUGGAAAAGCCUUUAGUAGAAGCUCAGGUCUUAUUCAGCAUCAGAGAAUUCACACCAGGGAGAAGACUUAUCCAUACAGUGAAACUAAGGAAAGUUUUGAUCCAAAUUGCAGUCUUGUUAUACAUCAGGAGAUCUACCCUAAGGAGAAAUCUUAUAAAUGUGAUGAAUGUGGGAAAACUUUCAGUGUUAGUGCUCAUCUUGUACAACAUCAAAGAAUCCACACUGGUGAAAAGCCCUAUCUAUGUACUGUCUGCGGGAAAAGCUUCAGUCGAAGCUCAUUUCUUAUUGAACAUCAGAGAAUCCAUACUGGUGAGAGACCCUAUCUGUGCAGACAGUGUGGCAAAAGCUUUAGUCAGCUUUGUAAUCUUAUUCGACAUCAGGGUGUUCACACAGGUAAUAAACCCCAUAAAUGUGAUGAAUGUGGAAAGGCCUUUAGUCGGAACUCGGGUCUUAUUCAGCAUCAGAGAAUACACACAGGAGAGAAACCUUAUAAGUGUGAGAAGUGUGACAAAAGUUUCAGUCAGCAGCGCAGUCUUGUCAACCAUCAGAAGAUUCAUGCAGAGGUGAAAACCCAAGAAACCCAUGAAUGCGAUGCUUGUGGUGAAGCCUUUAAUUGCCGCAUAUCUCUUAUUCAGCAUCAGAAAUUGCACACAGCAUGGAUGCAAUAAAUGUAGAGCAAUACGUAAGCUCAAUUUGAUUUGAGACUAGUUACCCAAGUGCAGUUUUAGUAUGGCUCAACAUGGUCAGAUUUAGUGAUAAAAGCAAAUUCUCCUUGGCCUCAGGCAAAUGGUUUCUAAAGAUUCUGUGAAUAGUGGACAACUACCCAUGAGCAACUGACUUCCAUUACUCUUUGUUUGAUGAUCAUAGAGAAAGACUUGGUAAUUUAUCUAAGUAUCCUUAAUAAAUUUUCCAGCAGAGAGAUUAAACCCAGGUUCAGAGCAUGAGUACUCUGAGGGACAAAGUUGAAUUCGUAUAAGGGAGCUGGAGCAGCUGAUGUUGGAAAACAGAAUAAUAAUUCAAAGAGUCUUCUGUCACAUCUCAUAUUGUGGUUCUUUUAGUUCCAUGAUAUGUUUGGCUCUGCAUGCCAAAGUCCAGUGAUUAAGCAUAUAUAAGUUGUCAAGGAAACAAAGCCCAGAUGUUUUUGAAACCAAUGUACAGUUUUUGUUAUUGUUUAAGAAAGCCACUUGUUUGGCAUGUGAGUUAAAGGCGGUUCCAAUGCCUAAUGGUUCCCAGAUUUAUGAAAUGAGUGGACCGUUAACUUUAUAUGUAAAGAUUAUGUUGGUAAUUAAGAAACCUAACAAAGGUGUUACCAAGGAACCUUUGGGAGUGCCUUUUUGUUUUUCAAGAUGGACCCAAAAAAGUGUAGGAAGAUACUGUUCUUUUGUGUCCUCCUAUCUGUGAAAGAUAUUUGUAGUCCUAUGUGAAUAAGCUUAUUCCUCCACAACCAGGUGCAUAUAAAAGUGUACAUAUUUUGAUUGCCAAGAAUCGGAAAUAAAAAGACCUGGAGUCUAUGCUAGGAAGCUGAGAUAUUUUGGUAUUGCAUUGGUUUUUAUGGUAACUAGGUUUUGCAUGCAAUUAAAAAUCCUUGUUUCUUAUUCUAGGGCUUCCCUUAGUUAAUGUUCAUUAUAAACUAUUAAUUCAUCUGUUUUAAUCAUUAAAACCUGUUUUGUUUUU